GAAUGUCCCGGUCGCAAGUGUCACACCCUCCAGAUCACCACCACCGCCGUUCUUGUUGACCACACUCUUGUUGACCAUUCCUGUUGACCAUCACUGUUAAUUCACAAACAAUCACCCACCAUCAACCCACACCUUCACACCACAUCUCAACUCGUCCAUCCAGAUAGAUAUCCACCUUCCACAACCCAGACUGAGACAUAGGAAUCAGAGGCAUAUACAGCUUUGAUCACAACGAUCGACGGUCACACCAGUCAAGAGGACUAUCGAUCGAUCAUAUUCUGAGCCGUUGCUAAUACAACCUUCAACAUGAGUAGUGCAUCUCAGAUCUGUUACACGUUGGUACAUGAUAAUGCCCAGGAUCAGUAUGGCGCUCAAGACCUCAGAGCAGCUCUCGAGAAGGGUACCGAUGAAGUCAAACUCGAGACCCUCAGACGCAUCAUCGUCUCCACCUUGAAUGGAAACUCUCAACCAACCCUGUUGAUGCCGAUCAUUCAAUUCGUCUUGCCAACUCGCAACAAACAAAUCAAGAAAAUGCUUCACUUCUACUGGGAAGUAUGCCCAAAGUACGACGAAUCGGGGAAAUUGAAACAAGAGAUGAUUUUGGUCUGCAAUGCAAUUCGUAAUGAUCUUCAGCAUCCUAAUGAAUACAUUCGUGGGGCCACACUUCGUUUCGUACAAAAGUUACGUGAACCAGAACUUCUGGAACCACUGGUUCCAACCAUCCGGACCUGUCUGGAACACCGCCACUCCUUUGUUCGAAAGAAUGCCGUCUUUGCGGUCUACUCGAUCUAUCAGGCUUUCGAUUAUCUGAUCCCUGAUGCCCCGGAGCUAGUCCAAACCUUUCUCACUGCCGAAUCAGAUUUAACCUGCAAACGGAAUGCAUUCAUCAUGCUCGUCAAUACUAGUCCAGUCCGUGCCAUCGAGUACUUGGUUCAGAUCUACGAGCAGAUAUCUUCAAUGGAUGGAUUGAUGCAACAAGCUGUUAUCGAACUGAUUCGAAAGGAUCGUGAAGGUAAAGGUGAGGGGGGCAAGGAAGAAUUGAAAGUGAUCGUCGGUGGAAUGAAGGUCCGAUACAUCCGAAUCAUUUCCGAUUUGCUAGAAUCCUCUUCACACUCAGUCAAAUACGAGGCCGCCAUGACUCUGACGACACUCACUCAAAAUCCCGCCGCUGUCAAGGCAGCUGCAGCCUGCUUCAUAGAUUUGAUUGUCAAAGAAAGUGACAACAAUGUGAAGAUGAUUGUUCUUGAUCGGGUAGAAGCUCUUCGUAGCAAGCAUGAGCACGUCUUGGAUGAUAUGGUCAUGGAUCUUCUCCGUGUUCUUUCUUCGCCUGACAUGGAUUUGCGGAGGAAAGCAACCAAUUUAGCACUGGAUAUGGUCAGCAGCCGUAACGUCGAGGACGUAGUCCUGUUUUUCAAAAAAGAAUUGAUCAAAACGUUGAGCGAAACAUUUGAAAAGAACGCGGAAUAUCGACAGUUGUUAAUUCAAUCGAUACAUACAUGCGCUAUUAAAUUUUCAGAAGUUGCCUCAAAUGUUGUGCAUGUAUUGAUGGAAUUCUUGGGCGACUCUAACAAUUCAGCGGCCGUCGACGUGAUUUCAUUUGUUCGAGAAGUUGUUGAAAAAUUUCCGGACCUUCGCUCUUCAAUUAUCAAAAAAUUACUACAGACGUUUGGAGACAUCAAAAGCGGAAAAGUGUUCAGGGGAGCUUUAUGGAUUGUGGGUGAAUACUGCACAACCGAAGAAGAUAUGCUCGAAACCUUACAGCAGAUACGCACGGUUAUCGGCGAGGUCCCCAUCCUCGCUUCUGAGCAACGUCUAUUAGAUGCCGCUGAAGCUGAGGCAGAGGCAGAGGCCCAAGCCGAUGAGAGUGGAAAUUCGAAACCAGUCCAAACAACCACCACCAAAGUCCUCGCAGAUGGCACCUACGCAACAGAGACUAGCUUCUCUGUCACUGCCUCUGCUAGUCUUAAUAAAGUCAAGGCUCAAUCCAAACCACCUCUGCGUGCUCUGAUUCUCGGUGGAGAUUUCUACACCGGUUCCGUUUUGGCAUCCGCGCUUACCAAGCUAGUCCUUCGCUUUGUGGGACUUUCUCAAAACAGCAGUUUGAUCAAUGAACUAAGAGCCGAGGCUAUGUUGAUGAUGACCUCUGUGAUUCGUGUCGGUCAAUCUCAGUUUGUUUCUGUACCGAUUGACGAGGACUCCGUCGAACGGAUCACGACUUGUCUCCAAGCUCUUGCCGAAGUAACUAAAUCCAAGCCGAUUGAAGACAUCUUCCUCCACGACACCCAAGCUGCUUAUACUCAAAUGAUCGCCCACGUAGAAAAGAAAGCGGCGGAGAAACGUGGCAAAGAUAAGAAGAGCGUUGCGGUUCAACCUGAUGAUUUGAUCAACUUUCGCCAGUUUGCAAAGAAGAACGAUGGCUAUAUUGAUGACUAUGAAGCCGACUUGACUCAAGCUACCGGUAAUCUUGAUACUGCCAAUGACUUUUUAUCCAAACUGAGCAGGAUUGUUCAAUUAACUGGAUUUUCUGAUCCGGUUUAUGCGGAGGCAUAUGUGAACGUCAACCAAUUCGACAUCAUGUUGGAUGUUCUCAUCGUCAAUCAAACACCAGAAACCCUACAAAACUUGACGGUCGAGUUUGCCACGCUCGGGGAUCUGAAGCUAGUCGAACGACCUAUCCCGCAUACAUUAGGACCCAUGAGUUUCCAAAGUAUCAAAGCUACCAUCAAGGUAUCCUCGACUGAGACUGGCGUGAUCUUCGGAAACAUUUUCUAUGAUGGACCUGCUACUUCGGACGGCCACUGCGUGGUCCUGAACGACAUUCAUAUUGACAUUCUUGAUUAUAUCAAGCCUGCCUUCUGUAAUGAAAACCAAUUCAGAUCCAUGUGGACUGAAUUCGAAUGGGAGAAUAAAGUGAAUGUCAAUACUGCAAUUGAUGAUUUAAGAACAUAUCUGGAUCAUAUCAUGGCUGCUACAAAUAUGUCUUGUUUAACACCGGAUGCUGCUCUAUCGGGAGAUUGUGGUUUCUUGUCUGCUAAUAUGUAUGCCCGAAGCUUGUUUGGUGAAGAUGCUCUUGCCAAUUUGAGUAUUGAGAAGGCCGAUGGAGUCCUUCAAGGUCAUGUUAGAAUCCGAAGUAAAACACAAGGGAUUGCCUUAUCUCUUGGCGAUAAAAUCACUUUACUUCAAAGCAAAAAAGCAAGUACUGCUGUCGCCCCCAAUUAAUUUAUUUCUCCUCUUGUCUCCAUCUCUCUCUGUCUCACCUUCCCUCUCUCAUUAGACUCUAUCUCUCAAAACAAAAAAAAAUUGUGUGCUCUUGUUUGUUGAUGUACGUAAGAAAACAUGCAGGUAGUUGAAGUUUGACUGUCAGAGGAAAUGUUUUGUAUUUUGUUCUAUGACCUCAAUGGCAACAGCAACUGCAGUUUUUUUGUUUUUUUUAUAAAAAAAAGGGGGAGAGGAAAGAAAAAGAAAAUA